AUGAUCUACUCUCUAAAUGAUAACUUAUUAUCGGGUCCCAAUCUAAACCCUAAUCUUUUAAUUUUACUAUUAAAAUUUCGCGAGUUUAAAAUAGGAAUAAUUGCUGAUUGUGAAAAGGCUUUCCUACAAUUGUUAAUUGAUGAACAUGAUAGGGACUUUCUUAGAUUUCUUUGGUCAGAACAAUUCCCUCCCAAGAAAAUUGAGGUUUUUCGCAAUAGAACUGUAACUUUCGGAGUAAAAUCAUCAACAUUUUUACUGGCUGGAACAAUAAAGUAUCAUAUCAAAAAUUAUAAAGAAUCUCAUCCUUUGGCGUGUAUCCAAAAUUUGUAUGUCGUCGAUCUUAUUACUGGUACAAAUACGUUUGAAGAUGGACUACUAUUAUCCAGGGACACUAAAUUAAUAUUAAAGGAAGCAUCUAUAAAUCUUAGGAAGUGGAAGAGUAAUUCUAAGGAGUUAUGCCAAAAAUGGCUAGACACAAAAUUUGAAAAAUAUCCUAGUGAAGAAACAGUACCCUUAAAGGUUUUAGGAUUAAUUUGGAAUACUUUAAAGGAUGAAUUUAAUUUAGAUUUAUGUUCUUUAAUUGACUCUUUAGAAAAUGUGAAAAAUACUAAGAGAAGCGUAUUACGCAUAUCAUCAAAAUUAUUUGAUCCAAUAAGAUAUAUAACAGCAUUCACGAUUAGAAUUAAAAUUCUUCUUCAAGAAAUUUGGGAACAAGGCUUAGAAUGGGAUGAGGAAUUCUGA